GAAGCUUCUCCGCAGACGCAAGGACACACGGCUUGCAUCGGCGCUCCUGCGAUGCGACGGAUCAGUGUUGGCGGCCGAGACGCGAACGCACCACACCGGUGCACGCUCAACAUUCGCGCAACUGCACCCGCGGCUCCGGCUCGGCAAUGGUGGCCGUGGCACAGGUCGUUCCGGGGUUGAUUGUGAGCAGCAUCGGCCUGGCUCUCAAUUUCACCGCGAGGCUGAUGAAAAACAACGCUAAUGACCCCGACGUGUGCACAACCAUCGAGACGUUGGUGCGCAGCAAGGGCUACCCUUUCGAGACGCACGAAGUGGCGACCGGGGACGGCUACCUGCUGCAACUGCACCGGAUACGUCACGGCAGGGAUGGACACUGCGGCGCCAACGAGACAGGCGGUGCGUGCUGCGGGCGCGGACCCGUGUUCGUCAUGACGGGCCUCCUGGCAGACUCGGCCUCCAUUGUGCUCGACUUCCCCAAGCAGUCGCUGGGAUACGUGUUGGCUGACAACGGAUACGACGUUUGGUUGGGAAACGUCCGUGGUAACACCUACGGAAAAAAACACAAGAAUUUGGACGUGAAAUCAAAGAAGUUCUGGAACUUCUCAUUUCACGAGCACGCCAUCUUUGACGUCCCAGCUCAAGUUGACUACAUCCUCAAGGAAACUAAACACAAGGACCUGCUCUACAUCGGCAUUUCUCAAGGCACCCUUACUUUUUUCACCAUGUUGGCGGAGAAGCCUUGGUACAACGACAGGAUUAAAGCCUUCGCUGGGUUGGCACCGUUUUUCAAGCUGGCACACCUUAAGGUACCGCCAUUAGCUGUCUUUUCGCCCUAUGGUGAAGCACCGCUGCGACUGGUCCACGCCGCGGGGGGCUACGAGGUGCUGCCGCAGGGAAUGCCGAUAGCGGGAUUCGUGCGUCAGUUCUGCGGCUACGCCACGCGCGGAAUCUGCUCCCUCUUGGCCGACAACUUCGCCAAUUUCGGGAGCAGGUACGUUAACGAGUCCAGGAUUCCAGUGUACCUGUGCCACAUGCCGGCCGGGACAUCUAUGAAGAAUAUUAUUCACUACAACCAGCUUGUGAUAUCUAAGAAGUUCCAAAAGUUUGACUAUGGAGCGUUCUACAACAAAGAUUACUAUGGAAAACGGAGCGUUCCGGAGUACGAGCUGUCUAACGUUCAGACCGACCUGGGCAUCUUCUGGAGCGCCGGCGACGAGUUUGUUCCCCCGGAAGACGUGCGCGAACUGCUGGCGUCGCUGCAGCGACAUGUGAAGAAGAGCUACUACAUCGACGACCCCUUCUACACGCACGUUCACUUCGUCGUGUCGACCACCAACGGAAUAUACCUUCAUAAAGAACUGCUAGGUUUCCUCGCACGCUACGGUGGCAAGGGUGAACUUUGCCCCGCUGCUUGAGCUACUAGUAGUACGCGGGUAAAAAAAAAAAUCAAGCGGCGAGGCGUUGUUCAACCCUGGAAGUCACCUUCAAGCAGUGCUGGUGACCUCCGAAGUCAGUUAUUCCAUAGCUCGGUUACAGAAAUUAUCUUUAUUUUUGUGCAUUUCUCUGUGAUACACUUCUUCAGUUUGUCGCUUGGUCCCUGUGAUGAUUUCAUUCUUUAACGCAAAUAGACUGCAAAUUUAUAGUUUAAAUUGAUUUCUAACCGCGUUUUAAAAUAUUUCGAUAAUGAAAUUGCUUUACUAAAGUUUAAAUGAUGUCGCAGUGCAAGCAAGUUCUGACAGCAACACAGCCUGUCACUUGAAGUAAUAUUCACAGAAGGCAUCACAUGUUUAUGCUUUCCUUUAUAUGCAAAAGAAGUUAGGACUGCCAUUAUAGCAUGAAAUAUUUAUUUAUUUUAUUUAGUCAUACUGUUGG